CAACUGAUUGCCAUCAAGCUGGGCCACUCGUACGCCGCACGCGCCGAUCUCAACUAUUGCCGGGCCGAGUGAUAAGUCGUGCACUUAAGCCAAAGUCAAGCCGGUGUCCUAAUCCAAGUCGAAAGCGGCCUCAAGACGGACGGAACCAUGCUAAAAGUCGUCGGUGCAUCAUGGCAGAAAACGCGCAUCGGGACAUAUAUACUGAUCGGAGCCGGUUUGCUGGUGAUCGGUGCGUUCUUUGUCGCCUACAUGGAUCGGCCCGAAUAUGAUGGCACCUACUGUGCCACCGCAUUCUGGACCAAGAAGGUGGGCUUUCAGAUCGAGAACUGGAAACAGCAAAACGACUUGGUUAACAUACCCAAGGGCGUGGCUAGAAUAUGCUACAAGGACUCCGUCUAUGAGAAUGGCUGGGCACAGAUUGAGGUGGAGACGCAGCGCAGCUAUCCGGACUGGGUGCAGGCCUAUGCCGCUGGCAUACUGGAGGGUUCGCUCACCUGGAAGAACAUCUACAAUCAGUGGGCCAACACCAUUUCAUCCUCGUGCGAUCGGGAUGAGAGCUCGCAGAAGUUCUGCGAAUGGCUGCGCAAUCUGCUGACCCGCAACUAUGAACAGCUGAAGGAGCAGGCGGCGGCCAUGGCCGAGCACGAUCAUUACUGGCAUCAAUUGCACCUGAUACUCAACCAGCUGGAGGGCAUGGAGACGGGCUAUAUACGUGGCGCGACGCGUGCACGCUCCGACUUGGAGGAGGAAAUACCGCUCUCCGAUUUUCUGCUGAUGAAUGCGGCUGCCGAUAUCCAGGAUCUGAAGAUCUACUAUGAGAACUAUGUGCUGCCCAAUGGCACCGCCGAGGCGGACGCGGGCGCGGGCGGCAGCAAGAACUUCUUUCUGCCCAGCGCCUCGAUGCUGACGCGCCUGCUGCGCCAGGAACAGUCGCCGCAGCAGUCGCUGCAGCUGCUCUUUGGCCACAGCACCGCCGGCAGCUAUUCGUCCAUGUUGCGCAUCCAGAAGCGGUACAAGUUCCAUUACCAUUUCUCGCCCGAUACGCGCAGCAAUACGGUGCCCGGUGCGGACAUUACCUUCACGGGCUAUCCGGGCAUCAUUGGCUCCACGGACGACUUCUAUGUGGUCAAGGGACGCCAGGUGCAGUCCAUUGUCGGCGGCGUCUGCAUCAAGAACGAGAAUCUGGCGCUCUGGCAGAACGUGGACGUGAAGAACAUGGUGCCGCUUGUCGCUCGCGUCAUGGCCGCCAAUCGCAUUGCCCAGAAUCGACGCACCUGGGCUCGGGCCAUGUCCCGUCAUCCGUUUACGGGCGCCAAGCAAUGGAUAAGCGUUGACCUGAACAAGCUGGGCGCACAGGAUAAUCUCUACAAUACGCUGGAUGCGGAUGAGAAGCACGAUGAUGCGCCCGUGCCGCUCAAUGAGAAGGAUAAUGCUGCCAUCAGUGAACGUCACGAUCAGCUGAAGAACAUGGUCUGGAUUGUGGAACAGCUGCCGGGACUGGUGCACAGCAAGGACGUCACGGAGAACUUCCUGCUGGCCGGCAACUCCACCUGGCUGGCCAACGGCGUGCCCUAUUUCGAUGUCAUUCUAAACGCUAGUCGGAUCUCGCGCGAUAACUACAGCGAGGAUCAGGAUCUGACGCCCGCCGAGGAGGCGGAACUGACCAAUCUGGAGGCGGUCGAUAAGUAUUUGCGCAAGCGCGGCUUUCGCGGCGAUCUGCUGGGCGACGAGUCCAUUGCCUAUGGCAACAUUGACCUCAAGCUCUUCUCCUACAAUGCGCGUCUGGGCAUGAGCGACUAUCACGCCUUUGCCGGACCCAUCUUUCUGCGGCUGCAGCAUGCCCAGGCCCGUUCGCUCGCGGAGGAGCCGCAGGCGGAUCAGUCGGAUCAGUCGGAUCAGGCAGCGCCCGCUGCCAUCGGCGACGAGCGGCUCAGCGUUACCAUUGACGAUGCAGCUGCUCUGGCGGAGCUGGAGCUGAUUACGGAGCGGCGUCCCGUGCGCAACGAUAUGCGUGCCAUAGCCAUGCGAAAGAUUGGCAGCGGUCCGUUCAAAUGGUCUGCGAUGAGCGUGCUCGACGAUGGCAAUCACGAGGGUCAUCCGGAUGAGUGGAAUUUCGACAAGGUGUCGCCCAGAUGGGCGUGGUAAUGUGCCCGCCAAACUGUUCUCCGAAAUGUUCCCCAUCGAAUUUCGUCAGCGACAACAACUGAGAAGCAAUAAUUGUACCUAGAUUCGUAAAUUUAGAUUCGUCUUUUGUGUGUUCCUAGCUGAUAAAUUGUCGUACGUAGAAAUCAAUUGUGUUGCGUCCAUAGUCAUAAAUUGUAGUCGUGCCCGUAACAUAUCAAUGUUCAAUUAUUGUCUUCCAGUUGCUAGAUUGUUUGGUUUGUUUUUUUUUAAAUUGUCACAUCUAUAGUCUCAAAUUUGUAGUAAAUAUUAAUAGUUUUUUAUAUAUGAAAUGAAACAACAACUGAAACCAAUUAAAAUUGUAUUUUUUAUGUAAACCGAA